UGCUCGGGCAAUCCCAGCGCAUUCUGGUUCGCCUGGAGACAUUGCCAGAAGUUCGCCACUACUGGAGGCGGUGUCUACACCCUUGGACAAAGUGCUAAUAAACAUCCAGCUCCAAUCUAGAAACCCUACAAGUCAAACUCAUAGCUAUGGCUCCCGCACACCGUCGUGGGCCUUGGGUCCCUGAAGAGGACCAGGCACUUCUGCAGCUGGUGCGCGAACAAGGACCCAACAACUGGGUUCGCAUUUCCCAGCACAUGCGCUACCGCUCGCCCAAGCAAUGCAGAGAGAGAUUCCACCAGAACCUGAAGCCCUCUCUGAACCACGAGCCCAUCUCCAACGAGGAAGGACUGAUGAUUGAGCGCAUGGUCAACGAGAUGGGCAAGCGCUGGGCUGAGAUCGCCCGACGAUUGGGCAACCGCAGCGAUAACGCAGUCAAGAACUGGUGGAAUGGCAGCAUGAACCGCAAGAGGAGAGGAGUCCCUGUCUCUGCCUCCCGAACAUACAGUGGCAGAAUCGAAGCGCCCUACCCUCGUGCCUCGAUGCGCAGCCCGCGUCUGUCUUGGACGACUUCUCCCAAGAUUAACAUUGACUCUGCCUCGGUCAACCUCUCGCCUAUCCCCUCGGGUGCUUCUUCGCCCUCCUACGAGAGGAGAGAGUCUACCGUCAUGGACAACCCGCGCCGCCUGUCGCCUAUCUUCACCUUCCCGGCUUCUGCCCGUCCGAUCGAGCCAUCCAUGACCUCACCAGCAUUCUCUGAGGCAUCAAGCACCGCACCAUCGAUGGUUUCUGACCGCAGUUCCAUCUCUUCCGCUUCGCCCCGCACUCUUCCCUCCCCGCAGCUCCUGCCCCUUCCUGUCGACACCCGCUCCAGCUAUGGAGAGCUACGAAGGGGCAGCCUGCCUGCUUUGCAAUUCCGCGACGAACACACCAAGACUGCGGAGCAAUGGGCGGACGCACCGUUGUUCCCGCGCUGGGGACCUAGCUUGCCAUCGCCUGUCACUCACCAGCGCUCUAGCUCGCUAUCGAAUUCCUGGACCGGACCUUCGGAGGAGCCUCGAUGUGGAGCCGCCGCCCCGAGUCGGGACUCACGCAUGGGCCUCGAUUCAUUGCUGAAUUGAUUUCCAAUUGGGUCUUCUUUUACACGGCG